GAAAUUUGUUCAUUAAUUUGAAGUCAUAAAAUUAAGUAGAGGGAUUUAAGAACGCAAUCAUAAAUUGAAGUGAAAAAUUAUAGAAUUUCGGGAAAUAAUGUGGAGGCGGGUGAAUUAGGAAGUUCUUCUCUCAUUCAUUACGUGAUAUAUAUCUAUUCAAUUGCAUGUGGAUUCAUCGUCCUAAGGAUAUAAAAUACAAAUUUAUGAGCAGAAGCUGGAUCUGUGCAGAAUCUCCUCGUUUUACUCUACUCUUCUACUCGAUCAAACCCUUUCAUACUCAUUUCUGAAUCAAGAACUUGAAGCUGUAAUCAAAUCAAUACAUUCAUAGUCGCUCCCUAAUUUCUGAGUUUUUUGUUCUUUUCACUUUUCCAGUUUUCGGGUUGAGAAUGUUGAAGCCCUUGCACCGAGGUGUUUCUGGGACAAGGAUCUGUGAGGGUAGCCAUGACUUAAAUGGAACUGAGAAGGGAGAUUUUGAUGUGAAGGGUUCUUCAUAUGAAAGUGAUGAAAUGUUUAGGUUCCUGUCUGAUUCGUUCGUAUUGGGAACUCUAAGAAAUCAGCACAAGUUAGCUAAGCAAAUGUUGAACUUCAGCAUACCGUUGAUUGUUCUUGUAAUCUUCUUUGGAUUGUUUUGGUGGUCUGUAUCUAUUUCGACGUCAUCCAGACUUCACGCAGCUCGUAGUUACGAUAAAAUUCAAGAACAGGUUGUUUUAUACCUUUCUGAGAUUGGGGAGCUUGCUCUUGGUCCUUCAAGGUUAAGAGAAUUGGAGUUUUGUUCCCAAGAUUUUGAAAACCAUGUUCCUUGUUUUAGUGCUCGAGAAAACCCUGACUCGGGAUCUGCCGAUCGUUCUUGUGAGGUAGAACCAAAGCAAAAUUGCAUUGUACCACCUCCUGUGAAGUACAGGGUUCCUCUUAGAUGGCCCAUUGGAAGAGAUGUUAUCUGGUUUGCGAACGUAAAAAUGACUGCCGACGAAGUCCUCUCUUCAGGAAGCAUGACCAAGAGGAUGAUGAUGAUGGAGGAAGAGCAGAUAUCAUUCCGUUCUGAUUCUUCGAUGUUUGAAGGGAUAGAAGAUUACUCCCACCAAAUUGCAGGGAUGAUUGGGCUGAGAAAUGUAUCUAAUUUCAUACAAGCUGGAAUAAGAACUAUUCUCGAUAUUGGAUGUGGUUAUGGUAGCUUUGGAGCUCAUCUCUUUUCAAAACAGCUUUUGACCAUGUGCAUAGCAAAUUAUGAAACAUCUGGCAGUCAAGUUCAACUAACGCUCGAGCGAGGACUUCCUGCAAUGCUAAGUUCUUUUGCUUCAAAACAGUUGCCAUAUCCAUCUUUCUCCUUCGAUAUGGUUCAUUGUGCGCAAUGUGGUAUCGAUUGGGACCUAAAAGAUGGUAUCUAUUUAACUGAAGUCGACAGAGUCUUAAGGCCCGGGGGAUAUUUUGUUUGGAUGUCACCAAUUGCCGAUGCUCAGAGCUUCCUCCACAACAAAACCAAUCUGAAAAAGUGGAACGCUGUUCGUGAUUUUACCAAGAGCCUCUGCUGGGAAAUGCUGUCCCAACUAGACAAAACUGUGGUAUGGAAAAAAACUAGCAAAUCAAGCUGUUAUCAUUCGAGGAAGCCUAGUUCGGGUCCUCCACUAUGUAAUAAAGGCCAUUAUGUCGAAUCUCCAUAUUAUCGUCCUCUCGAAAACUGCAUUGGUGGAACAAAAAGCUCUAGGUGGUUUCCUGUUGAACAGAGGACAUGGCCUUCUAGAGCUAACUUAAACAAGAGUAAACUUGCAGUUUAUGGAGUACAAUGGGAAGAUUUUGCUGAAGAUUCCAUGAAAUGGAAAAUGGCCGUCAAUGAUUAUUGGCCUCUUAUGUCACCACUGAUAUUCUCAGAUCACCCGAAGAGACCUGGCGAGGACGAUCCCACGCCCCCAUAUAACAUGCUGCGUAACGUGCUUGACAUGAAUGCUCAGUUUGGAGGAUUUAAUUCAGCCCUGUUGGAAUCUGGCAAGGAUGUAUGGGUCAUGAAUGCAGUUCCAACAACUGGAUCUAAUCACCUUCCAUUGAUCGUCGACAGAGGCUUUCUUGGUGUAUUACACGAUUGGUGUGAAGCAUUCCCUACAUAUCCUAGAACAUACGAUAUGGUGCACGCAGACAGUAUUUUAUCCCUUGAAGCUGUACGACAUCGUUGCAGUAUGCUUGAUCUGUUAUCCGAGAUCGAUCGGUUACUUCGUCCUGAGGGUUGGGUGAUAAUACACGACGCCACAAACCUCAUCGAAUCAGCAAGAAGGUUAACGACACAGCUGAAAUGGGAUGCUCGAGUUAUCGAGAGCGAUAGCAACAUGGACAAGAGGCUGCUCGUCUGCCAGAAACCAUUCUUAAAGAAGAUAGCGAAUUCCUAACGAAUUUCGAUCAAGGAAAAUUAGGUUGAGGAAUGAAUUCGUCUUGCAGUUCAUAGAUUCAUUUUCUGUGUAUGGUAUGGAUCUAACCAAAUUGUAGAAAAUAUAUUGAAAAAAAAAAAGGUUAAAUUUUACAUAAUAGAUUAAUGAAUUGUUCUUUUCAUUAUUGCAACAAUCUAUACAUUUGAAAAUAGCUGCAAAAAUCCAACUGGUGGCUCAAAA